GGAUGGACCACUAUAGGAGAUCACUCUAGAUAAUACACUCUAGAGGAUCUUAACGCCUAUAAAUACACCAAGAAAGGACCAAAUCCAGACACAUAAAAAAUUUGAAACCAACUCUCUGCAUCCAAGAGCUUCUUCAAUCUUCUCUCUCUUCAAUGGUUGCUUUGUGUUCUCCCUACUACCUCUGUGUUUCAAAUUCAAGUCUUAAUCUCCAUACCCAACAACAAUUCCCAUCUUCGAGCUCAAUCUCUCUCCAAUUAUUCUUCUCUGUUCCAAAUUUUUCUUCAGAUCAGUGAACUUUUAGCAAAUUUCACCACCUAUUCACUCAUAAAUUUCCAACUUUCAAAACGAAAAAGGGUCCAAUUUUUCAAUACCCUGUUUUUCUUCCCCUGUUCCUAUUUUCCCGGAAAAUCAGAACUUUCCCAGAAACAUUCCCAGGAUGCAAGAACACAACGUCCCGUUCACAUUCUCCAGCGAUGCCGGUAUUCGAUCUUCAUUAUCAGAGCUGAUAUUAACAGGUGGCAACACCAACACCAUUGAUUCAAUCUUCUCUUACUCUCCCCAAUCAACUCCAAUCACCAACCCUGUUCUUGAGCCCUUAGGCUCCUCUGUUUAUCUUCAACAAAGAGAUUUACUUAAAAAAUUCUCUGAAGAAAACAGAAAAAAUUUCUCAAUUUCACAACUUUCUCUCACAAACCCAAUUCAAAACUACGUACAUAGAGCCAAAAACACGAGUCCAGGGAAGCAAAAGCUGUACAGAGGAGUGAGACAGAGACAUUGGGGCAAAUGGGUAGCUGAGAUUAGACUUCCUCGGAACAGAGUAAGAGUUUGGUUGGGAACUUACGACACUGCCGAGGCUGCAGCCUACGCGUAUGACCGCGCAGCGUAUAAGCUGCGCGGUGAAUACGCGCGCUUGAAUUUCCCGAAUCUUCACGAUGUGACGAAGUUGGGAUUCGGAGAUUGUUCAAGACUGAAUGCUCUGAAGAGUGCAGUUGAUGCCAAGAUUCAAGCAAUUUGCCAAAAAGUGAGGAGAGAGAAGACUAAGAAGAGUGAGAAGAAAAUUGGGGUUUGUGAGAAAGUUAUGAAGAUUGAUUCUUCUCCGUUGUCAUCGUUGUCGUCUCCAGUGGUUGGUAGUCAGAGUUGGAGUAAUGAAAUGGUGGUAUCGCCGACCAUUUUGGAAGAUGGGGUUUGGAAGGGGGAGAAUUCGCUGGCCUCUGUUUCCGGCGAGAGUCCGGUAGCGGUGGCUCGGGAAUCAGAGUUCGAACAGUGUUCGCUCGAGCGUAUGCCGUCUUUUGAUCCGGAGUUGAUUUGGGAACUUCUCGCUCUUUAGCAUAGCAUUCUAUUUCGUAGACUGUGUUUGGAUUAAAUAUUUAAGCAGAGAUUUGUGGGAAAUAUUUAACUUUUUUUCCCUCUCUUUUUCUACAAAGCUCUAUCCAAAUUCUUAAUCCAAAAACUAUGAUAAGUUCUUAAGUUAUCAGUAGCAUCAUGUUAGGCUCUGGUUAUUGUAAAUGGUAAUUUUGGGUAUGCUUUGUUGUUCUUGUUUUAUGCAGUUUAUGUGAAAUUUGAGUACGUAGUAGUGGCUAUGUUCGGUUGUAUAAGUCAUGAUGACUUAUCUUGGGAUUAGUUGUUGUGAUAAAAAUAGUGUACAUAUUGUGCUUUGUUU